AUAAACGAACACUUAUAUAUUGACAUCCCAGAGUUCCUUGAUCUGUAUAGUUUAUCUCAAGUUACAGGUUAUUCUAAAACCUCAAGUGCCACCGCUACAUUGAUUUAAAGAAAGUUGAGAAUAAAAAACUUGAGAAUGAGCUGUAACAAUGAGGCACAGAAGCAAGCAACAGAGAGUGAAGUGGCCGUAGUAAUCGUUCCUUUCCCUGCACAAGGCCAUCUGAACCAGCUCCUCCACCUCUCUCGUCUCGUCUCGUCGUACAAUAUUCCGGUUCACUAUGUGACCACUGCUAUCCACUCUCGCCAGGCCAAGCUCAGAGUCCAGGGUUGGGACUCUCUCUCAAGUCCCCUGAUAAAUUUUCAUGAAUUUUCGGUGCCUGCUUUCGACUCUCCUCCUGCUAAUCCGCAUUCUGCCUUCCAAUUCCCUUCGCAUCUUGUACCGUCUUUCUAUUCUGCAUUACAUCUUCGAAAACAUGUGGCUGAACUACUGUCAGCUCUGUCCACCACUGCCAAAAGGGUUGUCGUAAUUUAUGACUAUCUGAUUCCUUAUGUUGGUCAAGAUGUGGCCUCAUUGCCGAAUGGAGAAGCCUAUUCUUUUCAUCCCCUCUCAGCUUUUCGUAUAUUCUGUGAAACAGUGGGGGAAUCAGGCUUUGAAACCAUCGAUGAUCAGGUUGUGAAACAGCUUCCUAGUAUACUAUCUACACUCAGUUCAGAAGUCAUGGAAUUUUUUUUAAAGCAGCGGGAGGAUCUUGUUCAGUACAGCUCUGGUGCACUUUUCAAUACGUGCAAGGCAAUCGAAGCUCCAUUCCUAGAUGUGCUUGCAAAAGGAAACGAAAAACAAUGGGCUAUCGGUCCAUUUAACCCCAUGGAUCUACGCAAGGCCAGGGAUUCAUCUUACGUGCGCCACAAAUGCUUGGAGUGGCUAGACAAACAAGUUCGUGAAUCUGUAAUAUAUGUUUCAUUCGGGACAACAACUAGUUUAACAGACGACCAAGUUGAGAGCCUUGCCAUUGGGCUAGAAAAAAGUGGUCAAAAGUUCAUUUGGGUACUGCGUGAUGCGGAUAAAGGAGACAUAUUCCUUAAUGAUGUAAGAGCAUAUAAGUUGCCAAAUCAUUACGAAGAGAGAUUAGAACUAAACGGGCAAGGUAUGAUAGUGAGAGAUUGGGCGCCUCAGUUAGAGAUUUUGGCUCAUUCAUCUGUUGGAGGAUUUAUGAGUCAUUGUGGAUGGAAUUCAUGUUUGGAAAGUAUUACAAUGGGAGUGCCUAUGGCAACAUGGCCUAUGCAUUCUGAUCAGCCUCACAAUGCUUUGCUGGUGACUCAGGUUCUUAAAAUCGGAGUUGUGGUCAAGGAUUGGGAGAGUAGGGAUAAGUUGGUGGAGUCAUCGACGAUUGAGAAUGCUGUUAGAGAGUUGAUGGCAUCAGAGAAAGGAGAAGAUAUAAGGAAGAGAGCAGCAGAGUUGGGUUCGGCUGUCAAGAGAUCUGUUGCUAUAGGAGGCGAUACUCGUGCUGAGAUUGAUAACUUCAUUGCUCACAUACAAAGAUAGAUGAGAAUCUGAUCAAAAUCCUCUCGGUAAACUGGUUUAACUGAUUGGUUGAACCAAAUUGUCAAUAAGUUGAGACCUUUGGCUCUCACUUAUCAACUUGGCAGAAGUUCUUCCGUUACUCUCAACUCGUGAUUUAUUGUUUUUCAGUUUUGUUGUUCUUGUUCAUGUCCCUUUGGCUGACUUGGAAUGCAGCAACUUUCUCAUGUUCCAGAAGUCUUCCUAUCUGUAAGAUCAUUUUGAUUUGUAUUAUAUCGGUAAAUCCAUAAUUUCAGUCCAUAUUUAAGUUAAUUGAGCUAUGUUAUUUCGGAAUU